AUGUUUUCACAACCUAAACGUGAACGGAAAGUAUUUAAGCGAUCAUUUGUGUGGGAGAUUGGUCAUACAUAUAGUCGUAGAGAAAUCACCAUGGCAACAGUUAGUAUCUUGAUAUGUAUGGGACUAAUAGGAUGUACACUUGGUCUCUCUGCUGAAGAAGCUGCACUGUUUGGGAACGAUGGUUCGGUAGGGGAAUACCAUGGACUUUCUGGAUGGGUCAAUAUCACUGACAACGGGGAAACUUGGAAACUUGCAAGUAAUGGUGUGCCAGAUCAUAAUACAGGCGACUUCCCGAUUGCCGGUUCUAACCCGAAUGAGAUAUCCACACAGACUCAUGAAUAUGAUAUUCCUAAAAAUCCAACCGUUGCUUCCGAGUCAACGUGUUUAGCAAUGGGGGUGAUAGGAAUUGCGAAAAAUGGUGUCGCAAUUUUCAACCCAUUUACGUUAGAAGGGUGUAAUGCGGUUGAGGGAAAUGGCGCGGAGGAAUUCGAUGAAUGUAAUGCCCACCCCGAUCAAAUGGGUGUGUACCAUUACCAUAUGGUUCCGAACUGCAUUGAAGACGGCACAAACGAUCAAUUCAUCGGUGUUGCCCUGGACGGAUUCCCAAUAUAUGGACCAUUGAAUUCAACCGGUCAAAACCUAACAAGUGCCGACUUGGACGAAUGCCAUGGAGAAACCGUGAACGGAAAUUACCGAUAUCGGGUCACUCACGAUUACCCAUAUUACCUUGGUUGUUAUAAAGGGGGGUAUGUUUCUUCCAUGGGAGGUCCCGCAAUGAUGCGCAAAAAGCGACAAAGUGGACCCCCUGGAGGCGGACCACCAGGUGGCGGUGGGGGGCAAUGCUCGUUUGCCAAUCAAGCCACUUUGGAAGCAAGUCCCUGCUACACGACUGACGGCAACGGAAAUACUGGGAAUGCCGGGAACUUUUUCCACACCACAUUCCUGUUCCGAGUUGGACUCGUCAUUGCUAGUCUUACCUUUCUUAAUAUCAAUUAAUGAUUUCGAACAGCUGAUAUUCCAAUUCUUGCCAUGGUACUCUGACUUGACCCAAGUAUGACUUAACGAGAAAAUCAAUAUUUAUUUUUGAAAUACGAGUGUCCCAUUUUUUGGACCACCUUGUAUAAUGUUCCUUAAUGGCCGUCAAAAAUACAGGAAAUGUUGUUAUUUAGUAUACUUUACAUUGAUAACACAACACAAUUAUACGAGCUGUGUUUGCUACGUCGUUUCUAUCUACUCUUAGGUAUUUGCUACGUUAUUACUAUCACUUGGCUACGUCGACGUAAAAUAUUUUGACAAAAUAACUGAUUUAUUCCAACAAAUCUUCCAAAUAUACUAUCUGACCAACGUUCUAUAUAAAUAAAAGCCAAG